AUGGACCGACGAAGCUGGCCAUGGAAGAAGAAAUCAUCUGAUAAAGCAACAACCUUAGUUCUUGAAUCUGCAGCUGAUACUUCUCAGGCUCAAUCUCAAGUUGAAAAGGAAGCCGUUAAGAAGCCAAAGUAUGUACAAAUCUCUGUGGAGCAGUAUACACAUCUCACUGGUCUCGAGGAGCAAAUCAAGACAUACGAUGUUCAAAUCAAGUCCUACGAGAGUCAAGUUGAAGCUUAUGAGGAGCAAGUCAAGAGCUUUGAGGAACAGAUUGAAGCCUAUGAUGAGAAGGUUCAGAGUUAUGCUGAACAAUUGGAGAGACUUAACGAGGAUAACGAGGAGCUGAAUGAGAAACUCUCCGCUGCGAACGAGGAGAUCACUACCAAAGAGAGCUUGGUGAAGCAACACUCCAAGGUCGCUGAAGAUGCUGUUGCAGGUUGGGAGAAAGCUGACGCUGAGGCUUUGACGUUAAAGAACACUCUGGAGUCUGUUACUCUCUCCAAACUCACAGCUGAAGACCGUGCGGCGCAUUUGGACGGUGCGUUGAAAGAGUGUAUGAGGCAGAUAAGGAACUUGAAGAAAGACCAUGAAGUGAAACUGCAUGAUCUUGCUCUAACCAAGACCAAGCAAAUCGAGAAGCUAACAAUGGAGUUUGAGAAGAGGAUCUCUGACUACGAACAGGAGCUGCUAAGGUCUGCAGCGGAUAGCGAUGCACUGUCAAGAACGUUACAAGAACGGUCCAACAUGCUAGUGAAGAUCAGCGAGGAGAAGUCAAGAGGUGAUGCUGAAAUAGAGACGUUAAAGAGUAACCUAGAGAUGUGUGAUAGGGAGAUAAAGUCUCUCAAGUAUGAAGUCCAUGUAGUGACUAAAGAGCUGGAGAUACGUAAUGAAGAGAAGAACAUGUGUAUUAGAUCUGCAGAUUCUGCCAACAAGCAACACUUGGAAGGGGUUAAGAAGAUAACCAAGUUGGAAGCAGAAUGUCAGAGACUAAGAAGUCUUGUGAGAAAGAAGCUGCCAGGACCAGCUGCACUUGCUCAGAUGAAGCUUGAGGUUGAGAAUUUAGGCGGUGAUUCCCGGCUAAAGAGAUCUCCGAGCAAGGUUUCUAGUCCGAGCAAGUCGCCGAGGGGAUAUUCAUCUUCUGGUUCCGACUUCUCUCUUGAUAGUUCGCAGAAGUUUCAAAAGGAUAAUGAGUUUCUAACAGAACGUUUACUUGCCAUGGAAGAAGAGACGAAAAUGCUGAAAGAAGCCUUGGCUAAGCGGAAUAGCGAGUUGCUUGAGUCACGGAACCUUUGCGCUCAGAGCACUAGUAAGCUUCAGAGUUUGGAAGCUCAACUGCAGCAGAGUAACUCUCAGAAGUCCUCACUUGAAGUGUGUCCAAAUCUGAAUACAAGCAAUCCAUCUAGUUCAGUCUCUGUCUCUGAAGAUGGGAAUGAUGAUUCUGGGAGUUUCAGUGGAUCUUUGUCAACAACUCCAUCACAACAGACCAAGAAAGAGAAGGAGACAGCGGCGGCGUUGGAGAGAGUUGAAAGUGUUAGCAGUCAUGUGGAGCUUAUGGAUGAUUUUCUUGAAAUGGAGAAGUUAGCUUGUUUGCCAAAUCAAAUUGGUAGUAUGGAUUCUAAAGGUUGUUCGGAACUUGUGAAUGUUGAGGAGUCUGGUGGAGGUAGUUCGGAAGUGAUUGAAUUCAGAUCAAGAUUAUCAAAGGUUCUUGAAUCUGUAUCUGCCAAUGCUGACUUAGGAAAGAUUGUGGAGGAUGUUAAAACCAUUUUGCAAGAUGUGACUGGUUCUAUGGACCAGGACAAGCCUUCUGAAGAAGUAUGUCAAGAUCAAAACUUGUUGGAGGAUUGUCAUUUGGCAGAACAAAAGCUGCAGAGCGUCCACCAAGAUUUGAAAAAUGCGGUUUCUCGGAUUCAUGAUUUUGUCUUGUUGCUGAGAAAAGAGGUAAGGGCAGGUGAGGACACUGCUAUUGAGGGCAAUGGUUUUGUUGAACUGAUUGAAGGCUUCUCCGUUACCUUCAACCAUGUUUUAAGCGGUGAAAGAAAUUUGGAUAGUUUUGUUUUGGAUCUUGCUAAUGUCUUCAACGAGGCCAUGGAGCUGAAGGUAACUUUCAAGGGUCUUGCUUCCUCCGAGGUUGAAAUUGUGAGUCCAGAUUGCAUAGACAAGGUUGCAUUACCGGAGAGCAAGGUUGUAGAUAAAGAUUCAUCUAAAGAAAUAUAUCAAAAUGGAUGUGUCCACAACGAGCCUGAGGUCCCUUGUGAUGGAAACAGAGGUUUGGAGUAUGAAUCAGACGCCAAGUUACAGGAAAUUCAAGAACUGAAAUCAGAGAAAGAAAAGAUGGCAGUUGAUAUCGAGGAGCUGAAGUUUCAGUUACAAGAAUCUGAGCAGCUGUUGGCUGACAUUAGAUCUCAGUUGGAUUCUGCUCAGAGGUCAAGCAGCUUGGCGGAUACACAGCUCAGAUGUAUGACUGAGUCAUAUAGAUCACUUGAAACACGUGCAGCUGAUUUGGAGAUCGAUGUGAACCAGCUUAAGGAAAAGAUAGAGAGUUUGGAGAAUGAGCUUGAAGAUGAAAAACGCAACCACAAAGAAGCUAUUGUGAGGUGUCAUGAGCUCGAAGAACAUAUUCAAAGAAACACUUCUUUGGUUGCUGAGGAUGAGGAAGAAGGUGAUAUCAAGACCAAACAGGAGAGAGAUUUAGCAUCAGCAGCAGAGAAGUUAGCAGAGUGUCAAGAAACCAUAUUUGUGUUGGGGAAGCAGCUGAAGUCACUACGGCCACAACCUGAACAAAUAAGGCCGCCACAUAGACAGAGUGAGUCCUAUUCUGAGGAUGAACUAGGCACCAAGAACUAUGCCGUAGACGAAGGAGAUUCAACUGAGAAUUGGGUUAACGAGGUCCCUAGGUUUAUGGAAUCUCCAAAAUGCACUUCUGACUCAGAGACUAGCGAUGUGGUGACAUCACCAUCACGAGGAGGUUCAAGGCUCUCAAGGUCAGGCUCAUCUGGAAAUCCAACACCGGAGAAACACUCCAGAGGAAUCAGCAGGUUCUUCUCCUCCUCCAAAGCAGGGUAUUAG